AUGCUAAUCGACCCUCCCUGGUUCACGUCAGAGGGAGAAAAGUUGGCAGCAUGGACCAAAGAGAAGCUAAAUGGCAAGCCGUUGAACGCGAUAUUCACAACAAACCACCAUCCCGACCAUACCUGGUCAGCUCAUCAUCUCCUGGGCGUUUUCCCUGAGGCCCGAUACUACAGCACCCCUCAAACUUACCAUAAUUUUGUCAUCUCCACCCAAGAUAAAGUGGAAUUUUGGAAGGCCGUUGUUGGGCCCGGGCAUUUUCCAGAUGUUCCCGCCGUUCCCGAGCCAUUCAAUCACACAAUAUUUGUUCUCCCAGGCGAUGAAAGCUCCCCGAUCGUACUCUUGAGCCCUCUCGUUGGCGAUGCCGUGGAUCAUGCUAUCCUUUGGUUACCCAAAGAACGGGUCGUCAUCGCAGGAGAUGUGGUAUAUGGCCGCAAAUAUCCUGUUCUUUUGUCCGAUGCACCGACUCUUGAUCUAGCGGAGUCGUGGGUGAACGCUCUUAAACUCAUUUCGGCACUUGAGCCAGCGCUGGUGAUCCCUGGUCACUCGGCACCCGGCGAGACACUUGAUGGGCAUACCGACGUCAAAUUCACCCUUGACUAUGUCGAGUGGGGUAUCAAGAACAUCCUCGCGGCUGCCGAACAACCAACUCCAAAACAGAUUUACGAUGGUCUGUUGUCGGCAUUUCCAGACGCUACAAGAAACGCGUCCUUCUUGGCCAAUGUCACAGCUGAAUCUCUGGGCAAAGAUGGGACUAUCUGGGAGGAGAACAUCCACGAAGAUUUGACUCUCAGAAAGCGAGGCGUUCUCGAUGCCUAUAUUUUGAGCGGCAAACCAGCUUCGGCCUCGCAACAAGCCGUCAAACACAGUGAGCUGUGA